GACAGCGAGCAGCGAUUGCCGAGUGUUCGUGUUUCAAUCGGUUUCAAUAUAUUUUAUUUUAUAUAAUCAAAGAAAAGGAAUGUAAAUUGUAAAUCACAACAAUAUGAUGUAAUAUAUUCUAAGUUUAUAAAUAAUCCGUGUUAAUUAUCUUAAACGUAUUAAAGAGAUAACCGAAAAAAUAUAUUUAUGCAAAAAUGACUGAGUAUUGGAAGUCACAACCGCGCAAAUAUUGUGAAUUUUGCAAGUGUUGGUUAACAGACAAUAAAGUGGCAAGUAUUUAUUUUAACUGAGUAUUUGUAAAAUAUAAUUUAUUUAUUGGGACUUUUAUAUGUAAGGGUACAUAUAAACUUUGGAUCAGGUAAGUAAUUGGGUUGGAUUUACAAUUGUUUGGCAGGAGUUCAUGGGAGUAAAGUGGUGUAUUUAGUAGAGGUGCCCGAUUAUAACAAUACCACUUCCUAACUAAAAUAAAACUAUUAUAACCUAUAAAUGGAUAAAACAUGGAAAAAUUUAUGCAAUAUUACUGUGAAAGUUGGAUAGCAUACAUAAUUUUGUGUAAGUGUUGACAUAAGAUCAUUUUAAAGAAUAGUGUCAUAGAUAUAGGAGAUAUUAUUUUAGUGGCAGUUUCUUACUGGCAUGCUUAACAUGUGGAUUAGCCCGUUGUUGAUGAAGCUCACAAAAGACUGAGGGAGAGUGUUAAAAAUGAAAGUGAUUGAAUUACUUUGCGUACACAAAUUAUAAGAUAACUGUAAGGAACACAAGCUUGGAAAUAAACUAUGUGCUAAAAACAUUUUUUUUUUAACAAAACUAUGUUAUGUAUUAAGAAAUUAUUUAUUUGGGUGAAUAUUUGAAGAUAGACAUAUUCAGGGUUCGUUAGUUAAGUUCAAAUAAUGCUUCCAAUUAUCUUUUUUAUGGAUUUCACCUAAAGUUUAUAGUGCAGAUUAACGAAAUAAAUCAAACGCACAGUAUUUGAACUGCUAUAUAGGCCUGAAUCUGAAGCUGUAAAUUUUCACCAAACGGUGAUGAGAUAUGAAACAAACGGUAAUUAGUAUUUUAAAAUGGUAAUUAUGCUACGUGAUUGGUAAUUAUAAAUAAAAUGAAUGAUGUACUGAAAUCACACAUUUAUAUAUUACAUCACUUAAUUUGAAAAAAAAUUGUCGAAAAUCCACCGGUUUUCUUAAUUAUUUAAUUAAGUCGGUAAAUAUUAAUUUGUCUAGUAAAUUAAAUAAAACGAACUAAAACAUUAGUUUAGAACUCAGUGUAAAUAGAAUUCAGAGUUAUACAAGCUCCAUCUAAGAUAUUUUUUAAAUUCGAUGAAAUCUUAUACAAAAAUUUAAAAACAGAUUUAUACUUAAAUCCGAAUUAGUUUCUAUUUCAUAACCAGAAACCGAGCAUGUACUUAAUCAUAAAGUCUUAAGUAGAUCUACAAGAUAACCAUGGCAAUGAUAAACAGGAAAAUACAAAACAUUUGAUGUUUCUUUCAAACUUAGGUAAACAUCAACCUAGACUUAAUUUUAAAAAUUAAGGAAAUAAAAACAAAAUAAACAGUAAUUAUCUUUCUAGUAAUCUUAAUAAAAUCAACUAAAACACUACUUCAAAACUCUUUGUCAAUAGAACUCAGCACUAUACCGGUUUCAUCUAAAAUAUUUCUUAAAUGCGAUGAGAUCAGUUACAAUAACUAUAAAAUAUUUAAAAUUGAAUUCGAAUCCGUAUCACUUUCAUAACCAAGAACUUUGCAGGUAGUCUCAAAUGCAGUCUCUUGUGGAUCUGCUAGAUCAUCACACAGCAAUGAUCCGAGAACAUUAAGCUGGCCAUCAAUUAUUUAAUUGUAAUGUAUAUUGAACAUAGUCUUGAAAUACAUCCAAAAAAUUCAUAGCACUGCCACUGCCAGAAAUAUUUACCACAUUCUCAAUGUGUAUAUUAGGGUCCAAGUGUAAUUCAUCAUCAGGUUUUAACUCCUUUGUGUUUUGACUUUAGUAAAACAUUACUUAAGAUUUUAAUAGUCCUUUUAUUCUGUGUAGUUUUAGGUUUUACUUUUGUGGUCGCAUCAGUCAUACUAUGAUUUUCAUUCUCUUUAUUUCUGAUAAGUGUAGAUUCUUUUGUGUUUUCAUAACAUUAUUUACCGACAAAUUUAGUAUGUUCACAGUCCACGUCUAAGCAUAUAAGUAACUAUUUUCUCUGAAUAUCAGGUGGUCCUUUUCUUUCUGCCACAGUAUUUGAUGAACUUUCAAUGUACCUUUCAAUGGUUUCAGCUAUUCUAAAGAUAUCAAUACAUCUUUUUCUAUUGUAUGGUAUUCUUUCACAGUUGUCAGCUUAAUUUUUUGUGUGUUUUGUCUUACGAUUUUCAAAAACCAUCUAAUUUAGCAACAUUUCUAUCUUACGCUGCAGCGACAGUGCAUUUAACAACUCCUCCUAUUUCACCUGUGUCAUUUUUUCAAUUAACAAAAGUUUUUUUAUAUCGUUGUCGUUCUUUUUAUUCUUAAAUGCUGCUUUGAUUUUAGCGUAUCGAUUCUGGCGUGUGAUUUUGGAUUUAACCAAAGUUUCCUCCUUCAACUUACUCUAAAAAAAAAAAGUUAGUAAUAGGGGGGUAGUUGGUAGUCAGUCUGUAGGUUUAUUUUGUUGCGGAAGUGGUGUCAGAUCACAUUAAACGAGCAAUAAUUGAUCACGCUUUGGUUGUAACACAAUGCGACCAAAGGCUGGCCUAGCGGAGUUAGGAGUUUCAAUAUAAUAAGAGGCCAGCUUAUACUGGUACUAAUUACCAUUUUCGAUUUCUCAUUACCGUUCCGCCAAAAUACGAACGGGAAAAAUGGUAAUUGUACAAACGGUAAUUAGAUAUUUGUACACUUUCUCACACUAUACGUUCUUUAUAGAACUUAUUAACUCGGGAACUUAAUCAAAGCAAAGAGUAUCCUGUGGCGACUAUAACUGUGCAUAAAAAUGAUAAAUAAGAAUAAUAUGCUUACCACGGGAAACUCGAACGGUAAGGAGAUUUUUGUUUGACAAACACGAUUUCUGGGCGAUUAAGGUAGGCUAUAAUUGGCGCCAAAUGACUCUUCGUCGUAUGAUCCGCACGAGUCGUGGGGCAAAACUGAGCGCGACCGCUGAGUUACCCUUUCAGAGCCCAAUACAUCAUCAUCAUCAUCAUCAUUACAGCCCUUCACAAGUCCACUGCUGAACAUAGGCCUCCCCCAAAGAAUGCCACAAAGCACGGUCCUGAGCCACCUGCAUCCAUCGACUUCCUGCAUAUCUUACCAAGUCGUCACUCCAUCUAGUGGGGGGACGCCCUACACUUCGCCUGCCGGUACGAGGCUGCCACUCGAGAACCUUUCUUCCCCAUCGGUUGUCGGUUCUUCGAGCUAUAUGGCCGGCCCAUUGCCACUUCAGCUUACUAAUCCGUUGGGCUAUGUCGGUCACUCUAGUUCUACUGCGGAUAUCCUCAUUUCUGAGUUUAUCACGCAGAGAAACUCCGAGCAUAGCCCUCUCCAUAGCUCGCUGAGCGACCUUGAGCUUCCUCAUCCGGCCAGCAGUGAAGGACCACGUCUCAGUUCCGUAUGUCAUCACUGGCAACACGCACUGGGUGUACAGUCUCGUUUUCAAGUUUUGAGGUAUACCUGACGAGAAGAUGUGCCGUAAUUUCCCGAACGCUGCCCAACCGAGUUGAAUCCGUCGAUUGACCUCUCGGUCGAAGUUGGACUUACCUAGUCGGACUAUUUGUCCCAGGUAAACAUACUCGUCAACAACUUCGAGCUUAGUGUUCCCAACAACUACCGGCAUAGGUGUGACAUGGACAUUAAACAUGAUCUUUGUUUUGUCCAUGUUCAUCUUAAGACCUAUCCGUUGGGAAACACUAUUGAGGUCAUUGAGCAUAGUGCUUAGGUCCUCCAGCGAUUUUGCCAUAAGGACUAUAUCGUCGGCAAAUCGAAGGUGAGUGAUGUGAUGCCCAAUACAUACGCGGAAAUAAAAUAACCCUGCGACUGUGUGGACAAAUGGUAGUGAGUAUAAAGUGUUGGGACAAUUUUCAAAGUCGUUACAAAUUAUUUGAAAGUGGUCUUUAAUGUGUGUAGUUUUGCUAAUUAGUAAAGCAUGUAGUGUACUAUCUAAAUUACUACAAAAAUAUACGAUCUUCGGGGUUUAUUUACAACUUUUCGAGCAUGAACUGCUAAAAUUUGGAAAUUGGGACACGAAUAGUGAUGAGAUUUGAGGAACGUUUAUGAAUAUAACUUAGUUGUUUAUUACAAUAGGAAAAUGUUAUGUACAUCUUUAUGUACUACUGGAACCAUGUUUUACGUGAAAUAAAAAAGAAUAUAACUUUAUAUCUCACUAAGUAGUUAUUUGGGGAGGGCCGCGUAAUAUGCACAUGUUCAAAGAAUCACCCAUUUGAACUUAGAUAUGAUUAUUUAAUUUGCUUGAAAAAUAAUUCUAUGAACUAAUUCAUAAAACAUUGUGGUGACAUGGAGAAAUGUAACUAAUUAGAGCUUAAUUUUCAAAUUUUUUCUAUAGAGAAAGUUACAUGUUAUUGUGUUUUCCUUUUAUGUAAUUCAAGAUCAUAUAAUAUAGUUGAAAACCAUAUACCAAAAAUUUGGUUUGUAAUCUAUAAAUUUUAAAGAAUUAUGUGAAAUAGAAAAACUAUCAAAUUUUCAAGGUAUCACCUUAAUGUAGAAGGGCCCUUCACUAGAUAGCAAUGACCUAGUAACAUGUGCAGGGUUUCAAUGGAUGCAGGCUUAUGCCAUGCAUUAAGUCAGUGUUGGGAGUGGCAUAUGUUCAGCACGAGCUUGUAUUGAGCUAUGAUGAUCACAUUACAUAUAUGUUAUGUACUUUUACUAAUAUUUUAAAAACAUGUUAAGCAAAAAUUUUCUGUCAAAUUUCUAUAUUAUGUGAAGUAUUUAAAAGAGCUUUAUUGUGACCUAACCAUAAUACCAAGGGCCAUAUUGAAGAG